AUGCUCGCUAGACUCUCUUUCAUUGCCGCCGUGCUUUCUACGCUCUUUCUCUUCACAACUGCUGCACCUGCGUCCCUUGUAGCCGAACUUGAGCGGCGACAGGGGGCACUCACUUCAGCCGAUGGCAUUAUUGGCGACGUACUCAACGUGACUUCCGGCCUGCGUCGCGACACGGCUGAGCUUUCGGCAAAGCCAAGGCAAUUGGACAGUAUUACGGGCCUUGUUUCUAGCCUUCUUGGCGGAGUCGCAGGAGGCUCUCCGCCGUCAACGCCGCCUGCUUCAUCCUCACCGAUGCUUCGUCGCCAAGGCCUUCUCACCAGUGUCGACACUCUCCUCGCCGACGCUGAGGCCGUUGGAGGACUUGUCCGUCGCGGUGAAGUCGAAUUCAAGCUUGAGAAUGGCGACAAGAGCGUCGACAUGAAGUACGACCUGGACAAGAUCAACGACGAGGAGGAAGACUGCGACGAAGAUAAAGAAGAUGCGGGGGACGCGAAGGAGUCUCAUCAACCCGAGGCGGACGAGGACGAGGAUGAGGACGAUGAGGACGAGGAUGAGGACGAUGAGGACGAAAGUGAUGAAGAGGACGAGUGGACCAAGUAG